AUGGCUAGAGAAGUAUCGUUGGAGGAGUCAAUGAUAAGUGUGGCUAAGAAUGCACCUGUUACUGCUCAACGAAGGGUUAGGGAUGACUUGGAGGACUUCAUGUCAAAGCCUUACAUGGCAAGAGCAUUGGUAGCUCCUGAUAUAAGUCAUCCACGGGGAACACAUGGCCACAGACACAGCAACAUGACAGUUCUGCAACAACAUUGUGCUUUUUUCGAUCAAGAUGAUGAUGGCAUCAUUUACCCUUGGGAAACUUACAUGGGGAUGCGAGCACUUGGGUUUAACAUCGUUGCAUCUGUGAUUAUGGCAAUUGGUAUCGCUUUGGCAAUGAGCUAUCCAACUCAACGUAGUUGGCUUCCGUCUCCAUUGUUUCCUAUUUACAUUCACAACAUACACAGAAUCAAGCAUGGCAGUGACUCCGGAACUUAUGAUACCGAAGGCCGAUAUGUUCCAAUGAAUCUGGAGAACAUAUUCAGCAAAUAUGCUAAAACAAAACUGGACCACCUAACGCUUGGCGAGAUCUGGGAAAUGACUGAGGGAAACCGCAAUGCUUUCGACCCUUAUGGCUGGACAGCAGGUAAAUUGGAGUGGGGAGUUCUAUACAUUCUGGCAAGAGAUGGAGAAGGUUUCCUCUCCAAAGAAGCUGUGAGACGCUGCUACGAUGGUAGUUUGUUUGAAUAUUGUGCAAAAGUUCAAGCAGGGGUUCACGCCAAAACGACUUGA